UCCUCCCCAGCUCAGCCAGCUUCAUUGUCGUCCAUUCUCCCUAUCAUAUAUCAUAUAUUCCCCUCCAUCAGGUUCAAGCUGUCGAAUAUACUGAUAAAAUGUCCUCUCCCCGUGCUAUCAUCCAAAUAGCCAUCACCGGGACAAGAAUCUUGGGCAAAGCAUUCCUUGAAGCAGGGCGACAAGCUGCCAAAAACGCACGAGCACCUGCAGCCGGUUCAGUAGGAAACGACGUUGCUGGUGUCGGAAACGCCAGCUCUGGAUCAAUGACCGACCAGCUCACGCGACAGCACAGGAUGACUUUGGACGAGGCACAUCUUAUAUUGAACGUUAAACGAGGAGAGGAGAUGGAGAAUGUGUUAAAGCACUACGAGCACCUCUUCAAAGCCAACUCUCCCCCAGCACUACCGCCAAAAUCUGCACCUCCGGCACCAAGAGCACGAAUACCAGGACAGUUUCAUUCUCAUUACCUCCAGUCUAAAGUCUUCCGGGCUCGUGAACGGAUAGAAGCGGAAAACAAGAUACUGACAGAGGCUGAGACAGAGGCAGGGGGGUCAGAGUCGUCAUCACAUCCUCCGCCGCCGCCACCACCAUCAUCGGGCUCGUCUUGAUCACAGGCUUCAGCGGAUAUACAUUAUAGAUCUAAUUGCACUGUACAUGCUUUAUAAUGACACAAGACACAUCUCACCACCUGCUCUCACAGAUCUUGCACAGAAAAGAUGUUUCUGACGCUUCAUGAAAGUUAUAUCAGGUUGAGCAUCGUUCAAGGAAUUUUCAGGGAAGUUAGGCGUUAUCGGUGUUCUGAGCUUCGGCCUUCUUUCUGUCUUUUUCCCUUUAUUUCUUUGUUUUCUUUCUUUCUUCAAUUCAUCAUCCCAGGCGGCGUUCAUUUUUUUCCAUCAAAGUUCGUUCGGCAAUACACACACGGCCCGG